GGUGGGGGAGGCCAGAAAUCUCUGGGAAGAAUGUAUAAAAGGCAUCGACUGGAAGCCCACAUCGUUGUAGCUCUUUCGCUUUGUAUCACAACAUCAACUUUUUACAAUUCUCUACUUUCUUCUACCUACACAAAGUCAGUCUACUUCUGUCCCAUUGCCGCAUGUCGACUUCCUUCCUUCACCGACACUUCAUACCACGUCAUUCCCAAUAGAAUAGGACGGAAAGAAACAUCAACCAAGACGGCAACCUGCAGUAAACAAAGCACCUCAAAUCUCCCUUUUUUUCCAAAGUCAUAAGAAAUAAGAAACAAUGGCGCCUCAAUCCAAGAUGACGGUACCCAUGCCCGCUCACGGCAGCGUGCUCGACAUCGGCGGCGGAAGCAUGUCCUCCACCAUCCUCGGGGACCUCCAGCGCGUCUUUGCCGUGGCCGCCAAGGGUAAAGUCCCGACCAUGCCCGACGAGCUGCUGUACAACGACGAGGGACUGGCCAUCUGGGCCGAGGUCAUCUUCACCCCCGAGUUCUACCAGACCCGUGACGAGAUGGUCUUGUUUGAGAAGAAUAGCGAGGAGAUGGCGACCGUCUACAUUCCCAAUGACGCCACCAUGAUUGACUUG